UGUGUGUGUUCAUGUGGGUAGAAGUAAUUGCGCGUGCAUGGUCCUUGGGAGCAUUCGUUCAGGGGCCUGAUGCAGGAUAGCAAGGAACUCUUCAAUGCAUGAUUGUCCAUUAUGAUUGCUCUCUAAUUGGGGUAAUUAAUGCAAAAUUUAGACUGUAUUUUCUGCGAACAUCCCAUCUCCUCCUCCAUCCCUUGAGGGAGUGGGAGCGCGCAACGAGGGACGUACGUUACGGGAGAAUUGGGCGGACGCGCCGUGAAGCUGCGCGCCUAUUAGGCCGUGGCCGGAGUGCUGGAUGCGAAUGCGAUGGAUUAGCAGCAGUCUGGUCCGAACCGUGCCACCGUUUCCCUCUCCAUCUCUUCAUCACGGGAUUAUUUCCACUCUUGACGAACUUCUCCUCUCAACCGAGCUGAGAUGACAGAGGAGUGUGUGCUGCGAUGUGUGCUGAUGCUCUGCUGUGUGCUCCUCUCGGCCAAUGCCAGCAACUGGUUGUACCUGGCCAAGCUAUCGUCAGUGGGAAGCAUCCGGGAUGAAGAGACGUGUGAGAGGUUACGAGGACUCAUCCAGAGACAGGUUCAAAUCUGUAAACGCAGUGUGGAGGUGAUGGAUGCAGUACGCCGUGGUGCUCAACUAGCGAUAGACGAGUGCCAGUUCCAGUUCCGUAACCGUCGGUGGAAUUGCUCUACUCUAGAGAGCAUGCCUGUGUUUGGCAAAGUAGUCACCCAGGGCACCCGUGAGGCUGCUUUUGUGUAUGCCAUCUCAGCAGCCAGUGUGGCGUUUGCGGUCACGAGGGCCUGCAGCAGUGGAGAGUUAGAAAAAUGUGGCUGUGACCACAAUGUACAUGGAGUCAGUCCAGAGGGAUUCCAGUGGUCGGGCUGCAGUGACAACAUUGCAUAUGGGGUGGCUUUUUCUCAGUCCUUUGUGGAUGUGAGGGAGAGGAGUAAAGGGCAGGCCUCUAGUCGGGCCCUCAUGAAUCUACACAACAAUGAAGCUGGCAGGAAGGCCAUCUUGGCCCACAUGCGUGUUGAGUGCAAGUGUCAUGGCGUGUCAGGAUCAUGUGAGGUGAAGACCUGCUGGAAAGCAAUGCCACCCUUUCGCAAGGUGGGCAACAUCAUCAAGGAGAAGUUUGAUGGUGCCACUGAGGUGGAGCAGCGCAAAAUGGGCUCCGCCAAAGUCCUGGUGCCUCGCAACUCCCAAUUCAAACCUCAUACUGAUGAAGAUCUAGUCUACUUAGAACCCAGUCCAGACUUCUGCGACCAUGACCCCCGCACACCGGGUAUGCUAGGCACUGUGGGCCGCGAGUGUAACAGAACCUCAAAGGCCAUUGACGGCUGUGAGCUGAUGUGCUGCGGCCGUGGUUUUCAGACGCAGGAAGUUGAGGUCGUGGACAGGUGCAGCUGUAAGUUUCACUGGUGCUGUUACGUCAAGUGCAAGCAGUGCCGCAAAAUGGUGGCGAUGCACACUUGCCGAUGAUGAAUGAGCACUGCUGGCAAAUGGAACAAAGAAUGAACCUCAAUCCUCCACUGGAUAGGACCAAAGUUUCUACUAAGUGUCAAUGGAACCAGGCCGAGUAGCUGAGAGGUGCGUGGACAUCCACUUGCUUGUCAUGCUGUUUGUGUCUUCUCAAUUAGAUUGCAUUGUCUCCCUCCCUCUACUCCUUAUUGUAAUGUUUAACUUAUUUGUUGAGACUGAGGAUCUUAUCUGGAAUUGACUAAGAAGGAGGGGGCAGACUAGUAGAGAUAAGGAGGGACAAACAGCAUGCAUGGAUGGAUGUAUGUGGUUAAGGGCUUUGGGUCUCGAAGGGGGCUGUUGGCGCUCUGUCCUUACUGCUGCUGCUUCAGGAACUCGUUCAGAAUGCUGCAAGUCAAGGAUGCGUCAAUAAAGGACAAACUGCAAAUAUUGCACCAUUUGUACAUGGAAUUUAUCAUUGUUUUCCAAGUGUGCAUGGCUGCACUGAGCUAAGAUUUUGUGACGUAAAGUUGUGUAAAUGGCACUGGGCGAUGCCAUAAUGUUAUUCUGUGUACACUCAUGUACACUAAUUAAUGACAAGUGAAAGCCACUAUCAUCUCCUUCUGUUUUUCUUUAAAACCAAAGCAUGAGCACUAAUGUCACAACAAAGAAAACAACACUCACAUUCAGAUAAAAGUUGAUCUAAAAAUCAGUACUCAUCAAGAGCAAGUGGAGAUAAUAGAGAAAAACACAUAAAUCGUGUCUAGGUUAAGCAUCAUGGUUUGGUUUAGGUUGUAAUGGAAUGAAGUAUUUCCACUGUAAAAAAAAUAAAAAAUAAAAUAAUAAAAUAAAAAUUCGAUGGGUUGUGGGUACUCAAAAUUCACAACAUCCAUUAGGUUACUAAAUGCAGUGGCACUGAACCUAAAUUAGAUACACUGCAUUCAGUUUAUUGCCAUAUAUGGACAUUACCUUCAUUCAACAAUAAUUUAGAGUUCCCAAAUGUGCUGAUGAAAAUAUCUAUUUUAAAUGUAUUAAAAUUUUCAAAUCGUGAAUGAUCAUUCUCCCCGUACACAACAUGGCUGUUGAUGAUAACAGGUAAAGGACUGUGAGGCCUCGAUCUUGUCGGAAGAAGGCACAUGCAUGGAGAAAAAUACAAAAUUUCUGGAUGGUCAUUCAUGAUUCAGGCAUGGUCCUCUUCUUUUUUAAUUCAUUUUAUGGGUUACACUGAAUUACAUAUAAACACCAGAUUAGGAUUUGCCUUUACAAAUUUUUACCAUAAGAAGUGAACAGAACUGUACUGUAACUGAAAUCAACAUCAUUCAGAUCAGACGAUUGUCUAUCUCCUUGUUUGUUACAUUGUUUGACAACACAAUGAAAAUACUAAGAUAAUAAAAAAUUAUAGCGAUUGCCCAUUGGUUGAUGAGUAUGUUCACCAUGCAUGAUGACUGAAGCACUUUCUCUCCAACUGCACAUAAAGCCUUCACUCCCGAGCAUCUGACAUAUGACCAUCUAUGAUCUACUUGUACCACCAAAAAAGCCAUGCUUGCCUAUAAUAAUGUGCUAUCAUUAUAAUAAUCAUAAUGUAGAUUUGUAAAGACUUAUACACUGAAGAUCAUACUGCCUAUGAAUGUAUGUUCAUGCUGAAUAUAUGCUGUCAAAUACAAAUGUUGUCACUGACUGCUCUUUUCAAAUGCAUGUAUGAAAUGGAGGAAAGACAAGAAGAAUAAGAGAAAUGAUGAUUAAAAGGAGCACAUUCACCACUAAUAUCUAAAUAACAUUUGAUGGGAUUUACAAAACCAUUUUGGUGUAAGAAAUAAUAUGUUACUGAAUGACAUUGAUGGACUGACAUUGACAUUAGAAAACUAACUCUCAGAGGAUUACUCAGUCAAGGUAGGUUACAGUAUAAUGCAAUGUUUAUUAACUAAAAACCCUUGUCCAAAUACUAACGUUUUCUUUGUACAUAUUUAAUUUAAAAAAUAUAUCUAUUUUACUGAUGAGAUUACUGUAAAUAUUAGCACACAAGAAUAAGAUAUACCCUUGGUGUAUUUCAAGGUCAUUCUCUGAGUCUGCAAUACCAACAUUACAUACUAUAUAACCAUUGUAGAUACUGUCAGUAUAUCACAUCAUGAGACCACAGAACCACAUAUGUGGUAUUUGGGAGAAGCAGGGCAGCCGCUCACUGUCUGGAUCUUCUAUGGAUUCCUGAAAGAACAGAGGCAGGAACACUGGGAUAGACAGGGAUUUAAGCAAAAUGCAGACCACAUGGCACAAGCUGUUUCUCCUUCUGUCCCCAUCGAUAUCACACACACACGAACACACACACACGCAGACUAUAUUCUGCAAUAACUUUGAAUUACAUUGGUUCCAUUGCGGUUGCUCAGAGCGGAAAGUGUGUCUGUAACUGCAACUGGUAAGCUCUGUCCUUAAUUAAGCCACCAAGAUGGCCUAUAUAUGGAGUGGGUGUAUGGUAGCCAUGCUCAUUGAGAAUGUGUAAGUGUAGCUGUGUUCAUGACCGCAGGUUUGGGAAAGUUACUUUGAGAAUAUAUUCCGAUGCAGCUGCAUGUCACCUGUUAUAUAAUAGAGUCAGUAAGGUUCAAAUUCUAUAAUACUGAAGUACAAUAAUGUAAUUUUAAUUAGCAGUAGCCCAUUUAGGAUUACCAAUCUCAAAUAUGCCGGCCACGUAAUAAACUUUUUUGGGGAGGUUAGGAGACUGACAGCUCUCAAUUGUUUUUGUAAAUGUCAUAAAAAAUGAAUGACUCCUUAAGUGAAUACAAACUUACGAUAUUUUUUUCUUUUUCAAAUGAAAAAUUGCAUCCCGAUUAAAUGUAUUGUUUUUAUGUAUCAGGUUUAGGUUUGCCCUAUCUUUGAAUAGCAAACGUAAUGUAAUUUAGUACUGCAGCAAAAAAAAAAAAAAAAAGUUUGAAACAGUUAUCCUUCACAGUGGCACUUAACCUGACGCUUCGUAAUUGAUUUAGUAUACUGAACACUAAGGAUGCAACAAUACUCGGUUUUAUAUUGAACCGUUCGAUACGCCCUCUUCGAUUCAAUACACAAAAACAUUCGAUCCAAAUGAAAAGCUCCCAAAAUGUAUUUUCCAAAUUUACAGCAUUUUUGUCGUCUCUCUUGCUAAAAUGUCCGGUGCAGCUUUUCCUUGAAAAAACAAACUCUGCCGCUAGCAGCCCCGCUCCUCCACUCCUCCCCCACACUGCCUGAAAGGUGGGAGGUGUGGCGCAAGAGGAUCAUUGCUCGUGAAGAAAGACAAAAACUUUCAACUUUCAAUGUCGUACAGAUCCGUUGCUUGGCAGCAUUUUGGGUGAGCUGAUAUGCUAUCCCCACUCGAACAUAUUUAACAAAGACUGUCUUUAUGGAUACGUACAACAAAGUCUGCCAAUAUAUUGUUGCCGACUUGGCUGCUACAAACAACCUCGCUUUGACAAUAGACAGCUGGACACCCUGGGACGACACUGAGAGCCAUCUCACGGUUACAUGAUGAAGAAUGACUGGCAAAUGAAGAGCGCUGUACUUCAAACUCGUCCUGUUUAUGAAAUUCGAUUG